GAGCUUCAAUGAUUACUCUCCAAUUUGCAUAUGCUUCAAGGCAGCUAACCCACCAUCUUUUCUCUAUCAAAUAAUACAUCUCACACUAUAAAAAAUUAUGUCCCUGGAUAUCUCUGUCUAUAUAUAUGCAACAGAAACAAAGACAACAUACAACACACACAAAAACGACGAGAUAUGGCACAGGAAAGCAUCGUUUCUGAGAGGGCGAAGCUCGUGAUAUCGUUGAUCAUUCUGCAGCUAUGCUUUGCAGGGUUUCACAUAGUCUCAAGAGUUGCCCUCAACAUUGGUGUUAGCAAGAUUGUCUACCCUAUUUACAGAAACAUUAUUGCAUUGCUAUUGGUAGGGCCUUUUGCCUACUUCAUGGAAAAGAAGGAAAGAACACCUCUCACAUUCUCAUUGUUGGCUGAGUUCUUCCUUCUUGCACUAGUGGGAAUCACAGCAAACCAGGUGUACUACAUCCUAGGUUUGUACUAUGCAUCACCAACCUUUGUAUCAGCAAUGCAAAACACAGUACCAGCACUUACAUUCAUCAUGGCGACUGCUUUAAGGAUUGAGCAAGUGAAUGUUAUGAGGAUGGAUGGUUUGGUGAAAGUUCUAGGGACUUUAGUGAGCAUUGGAGGCGCUACGGUUAUCACCUUGUACAAGGGGCCUCCAAUUUUGAAUGGAACUAAUUCAUCAACAGAGAGUUCAAGCAAAAUGCAGAGCUGGGCAUGGGGUUGUAUAUUUACCUUUUGCCACUGCUUAUCCUGGGCUGGAUGGAUGGUCCUUCAGGCUCCUAUUGUGAAGAAGUACCCUGCCAAACUCUCACUUACCUCAUUCACACUCUUCUUCGGAUUAAUUCAAUUCCUAUGCAUAGCUGCAUUCACAGAAAGGGAUCCAACACACUGGCAAAUAGUGUCGGGGGAAGAAAUUUUUACAAUCUUGUAUGCUGGGAUAAUAUCAUCGGGACUUGUAAUAGUUCUACAAACCUGGUGCAUUCAAAAGGGAGGUCCGGUGUUUGUUUCCAGCUUCCAGCCAGUCCAAACAGUAUUAGUUGCUGGAAUGGCAUCCAUAGUUCUUGGUGAUCGAUUAUACUCUGGAGGAGUCAUUGGAGCUACACUGAUAAUGAUUGGCCUCUAUCUAGUUUUAUGGGGUAAAACAGCAGAAGCGAGAUAUCAGAGGCAAGACAAGGAAGAGACUCUCACAAAACAUCUAUUAGAAGGCAACACCAGUAGUCAAGAGUGCCCUACUACGGUUGAUAUUCCGUAGUUUUUUUCCUGUCAACAAAUUUAGAGCCUUCGCAUGCUGAAGGGCUCAGAAGUCUUAGGUCAUUUCCUGUAAACUGUCCAAAACAGGCUCAGCAUAAAAAAUAUUAACAUGUAAAUCUUCACUCGACUUGUUCGAUUUUCCUUGAUUUCCUCAUUAUCAAACAUAGAUGAUCCAAGAACCAAACUUAGGCAUGGAAGCAGACAAAAUAAUACCACAAAUUGAGAAAAGAAGCGAUAUGUUAACAAACUUAAAACAGCUUUGAGUUGUAGACUAUAAUGAACACUUAUCAGAGCAUAUAAGGCAUGGAGCUGUGCAAAUUUCAGAAAAUAUAGAUCAGCUCAUAUUCAGCAAUUGGGCUGGGAACGAAAUCAUCAAGACACCACUUCAAUCUGGAGUUCAUCAGUUCAUCCAUUACUAUCUGCAUAAAUAAUUCCCUAUAGCUUGGAACUUGCUCCUGCUAUAGAUU